CGGCGCCAUAGCCACAAGCUGGGCUUGUGGACCUCCUUCCGCAAGCCCACGUGCUCCAUUGGUCCCCCAAAAUGGAGCCCACCAAUGGCUGGGUGCCACCUGGGCACGAUGAAAAACUCGCCGCGUUGCCCUAAUCUCCCACGUCCCGUGUUCGACCCCGCGACCCUUUUCUUUCGUCUAGCUCGAGUUGUAAGAGCUAUGGCUUGUCGGCCACACCGGGAGCUUGGAUGAGCUUACUGCGGAUGAUUUUGGUUGCUCGGAUGGGUGUCUCGCGAUCUUCUCUUUGUUUUCUUGCUUCGCAUUCUCUCUGGAUUCUGGGACUCGGCAGCGCGGAUUCGUGACGUCUUGAUGACGAGGAGAUGGACGAUGGAGUGUGAGCAGCCCUUGAUCAGCAACAACAGCACGACGGAUCCGGCGAUCAAACUGUUUGGCAAGACGAUCCCCCUACUGUCGGACAAGCCCGCCAAGAAUCACCCGCAAUUCCACCAGCAGCAGCAGCAGGAGGUCGUGGACGAGUCGAGGGACGAGGAAGCGAUCACCGAGGACGAUCACUCUCCUCCGGCCGAGCAGGAGGAGGUGAUCGAGGUGGUCGAUCACCAGGAGGAGGAUUACUGCGACAUUGAUGAAGGGCCAGUGGAUCAAAGCCCCGCCGCCGCCGCCGCCACCGCCACCACUACGUCCACCGAUCUACAACAAGCGCUAGAUCGCAAGGAUGGGGGCAGUGGCGGCGAUAAUGGCGGCGAUCAGCAGCAGCAAAAGCCCAAGAAGCCCGACAAGCCUGUCGCCUGCCCCCGCUGCGACAGCAUGGACACCAAAUUCUGCUACUACAACAACUAUAACAUAAACCAGCCGCGCCACUUCUGCAAGAACUGCCAGCGCUACUGGACAUCCGGCGGUACGCUGCGCAACGUGCCCGUGGGUGCCGGGCGGCGCAAGAACAAGCACCACCACCACCAUCAUCACCACCACCACCAUACCGCCGGCGGCGCCGGCGCCGCCGCUACACCUGCCGCCGCGGUACCGCCCGGUAGCCAGUGGCACCAGCACCACGCCGCCGCGGCGCACGCGGCGGCGCUCAACUACGGGCAGCAGCACGCGCUCAAGAUCAUACCGCCGCUGCAGAUCCUCCAGCAGCAGCACGACGAGGGGAGUAUCGUCACCAGCGCCGGCGGCGUGCCGCCGAGUAGCGUCACGACACCGAAGAGCGCAGGCGGUAAGAAUGCCGGGGAGAUGAAUUGCUAUGCUUUCCAGUUUGGAUCGCCGCGGCACCAGCAGCAGCAGCAGCAGCAAACGAAGCGGUGCCCGAGCCAGAGCAGCAACUCCGAGGUCACUGUUUGCGGGGGUUCGUUCUCCUCGCCAUCGCCAAGUAGCAACAAUAGCAACAAGAAGAAGAGUAUCACCACUACCACUACCACCACCACCACCACCACUGGUACCGCCAGCGGUACCACCACCGACAACGCCGCCAACAACUCGGGAGUUUGCGGGAUGGACAAAUGCCCCGAGGAGGCAAAUGCCGCGGCGGCGGCGGCGACGGCUGCUGCCGCGGCUGCCGCGGCGGCAUGGGUCCUCCCAAUGGGUUUUCUGGGUGGUAAGAACGGGCAGCACGCGAUGCCUUACCACCAGGCCGGCGGUGCGUGCGGUAUACCGUGCUGGCCUUCGCCGGUACCGCCGGUGCUGGCGGCGGCGGCCGCGGGGCAGUGGAGCAUGCAGUGGGCGGCGAUGGCGGCGGUGGCGGCGGCGGCGAAUGCCAGCGCCAACAAUGCCGCCGCUGCCGCCGCCGCCGCCGCCGCGGCCAUGGGCGGCACGAAGCGCCCCGUGGAAAAAUCCGACGGUGGGUGUUUGUGGGUGCCGAAGACGCUCCGGAUCGACGAUCCGGGCGACGCGGCGAGGAGCUCCAUCUGGGCGGCGCUGGGCGUGGAUCGAAAGCACACUGUUUUCCAGCACUCCUCAGAUUUGGACCACCAACACCAACAAAGGAUGAAGAUGCUCCAGCUCCAGAUGCAAGGGGACCAAAUCACGAACCCGGCGGCCAUGGCUCGAUCGGCUUCGUUCCACGAGAGCAACUAAUCAUCCUGGCUCAACUCUCUUCUCUCAUUUAAGUUUCUUCGCGCUUGUCCCGUGAAGUUCUUUGGGAUUUUCAUAAGUUGCCGCAAGCUGGAGGAGGCAUUCCAGUUCUUCGUGCUGGCAACUUACUUCUAAUGCUACUGACUACAAAAGCUAGGUAGUACGUUGGGCGUGUAAACUUUUUGUUUUUAUACAGAAGGUGUGACAUUGUAAAAAACUAUCACUGGAAAGGUAAGGUUUUUUCUAAAA